CAAGGAUGACUGCUCUUGCUUCGGUGUAGAGAUUAAUAAUUGAUUAGUCCAUAGUCAAGAAUCUUAGUAAAAGGGAAUUGGUUACUUUGGGCUGCCAUUUUUCACUGGGUAAUGUACAGCCGACAGGGGGCUUCAGGACUUGCUGGCAGGAAGAUGAAGAGGAUCCCGGUUGUCCUGCUUGCUGUAGCAUUUAUGCAUGCUCUAGAAAGAGGCCGAGAUUACGAGAAGGAUAAAGUCUGCAAGGAGUUCACCAGUCUGGGAAAAGAUGACUUCACAUCUCUAUCAAUGGUCCUGUACAGCCGAAAAUUUCCCAGUGGCACAUUUGAACAGAUCAGUAAUCUCGUGAAUGAAGUGGUCUCCUUGACGGAAGCCUGCUGUGCUGAAGGGGCCGACCCUGGCUGCUACGACAACAGGACCUCAGCAUUGUCUGUGAAGUCCUGUGAAAGUGACUCCCCAUUUCCAGUGCACCCAGGAACUCCUGAGUGCUGUACCAAAGAGGGCCUCGAAAGGAAACUCUGUAUGGCUGCCCUGAAGCACCAGCCACAAGAAUUUCCAACCUAUGUAGAGCCAACAAAUGAAGAAAUCUGUGAGGCAUUCAGGAAAGAUCCCAAGGGAUUUGCUGAGCAAUUUAUGUAUGAAUACUCCAUUAAUUAUGGACAAGCUCCUCUGCCACUUUUAGUCGGUUACACCAAGAGUUAUCUCUCUAUGGUAGGGUCCUGCUGUACCUCACCAAGCCCAACAGUGUGCUUUUUGAAAGAGAGACUCCAGACUAAGCAUUUAUCACUUCUCACCAUUAUGUCAAAUAGACUCUGCUCACAAUAUGCUGCUUACGGGAAGGAGAAAUCAAGGCUCAGCCAUCUUAUAAAAUUAGCCCAAAAAGUGCCUACUGCUGAUCUGGAGGAUGUUUUGCCACUAGCUGAAGAUAUUACCACAAUCCUCUCCAAGUGCUGUGAGUCUACCUCUGAGGACUGCAUGGCCAAGGAGCUACCUGAAUACUCCCUAAAAAUCUGUGACAAGUUAUCCACAAAGAAUUCUAAGUUUCAUGACUGUUGUCAAGAGAAAACACCCAUGGAUGUUUUUGUGUGCACUUACUUCAUGCCAGCUGCCCAAUCACCUGAGCUUCCAGACGUUGAGUUGCCCACAAAUAAAGAUGUUUGUGAUAAAGGAAAUACCAAACCCAUCGAUCAGUACAUAUUUGAACUAAGUGCGAGGACUCAUAUUCCAGAAGUAUUCCUCAGUAAAAUACUUGACUCAACCCUGAAAAACCUUGAUGAAUGCUGCCACUCUGAAGACUCUACUGCCUGUUUUAAUGCUAAGGGCCCUCAACUGAAGAAGGAACUAUCCUCUUUCAUCGGCAAGGGACAAGAACUAUGUGCAGAUUAUUCAGAAAACACAUUUACUGAGUACAAGAAAAAACUGGCAGAGCGAUUACGAGCAAAAUUGCCUGAUGCUGCAGACACGAAACUCGAAGAGCUAGUUGGCAAGCGCUCAGACUUUGCCUCCAAGUGCUGUUCCAUAAACUCACCUCCACUCUACUGUGAUUCUGAGAUUGAUGCUGAAAUGAAAAAUUCUCCGUAGUCUUGAUGCAUGUGUAUUGUCUUAGAACUAGACCUGGAAUCACCCUGGGAAUGACAUCUGAUGACUUAACCUGAGUAAACUCAGAACUCCUGGGGAGACAACUAAGAUACUCCUGCUUUUUAUCACCUACAAUAUCUUAAUACAAUGAUAAGUAUGAUGAUUUGGUAUCGAAAUAAACUGAAAUAUAAUGCAAA